AUGGGCAACGAACCAUCAGCUCCAAAUGAUAAGAUUGAUUUCUUAAGACCAGUUCAAAAGAAAGCACCCGAGCCUACCCAACUCAACAAAGUCUAGUAGAAUGAAUGGAGAAUUGGAUUGCAACAUCCUCAUCUCUUGUAAACUUUGGGUGGCCAACCUGAGGGAGAUUAGUAUCGAUACUUUUUCGAAUUCUGUUAAAUCACUUUAGCAUCUCUGUUGUAGGAACGAUAUGGAACUAAAAAGUACUUUCCUGAAGAAGACUUAUAGGCAUUGCUUUUGGGCAUAAGCAGUGCUUUGAGUUUCUUGUAAGAAAAGGGACUGUCACAUGGAGACAUUUGCACAACUGAAAUAUUCUUUGAUUCAAACAGUUCGAGUUUCAAAGUUUUGGAUUCAAAUUUAAUUAAUGGAAGAGGAGCUUCCAUUCAGUAAUUAUUAUCAGGAAAAUUGAAAUAUCUCGCACCUGAAAUAUUACAAAACCCAACACAACCAUUCUCUGAGUUGUAAUUGAGUAAAAGUGAUGUUUGGUGUUUGGGCAUGGUCAUGUUGGAAGCAAGUACUCUCAAACAAAAUGACAAUCUCUAUCAAAAUGGCUUAUAAUUUAGAUUGAUCUCAGAUAGAAUUAACGAAGUAGCUUAAAUUUACAAUUUGCAAUAUGCUGAGAAUAUUGCAUUGAUGCUCAAUUUCAACCCAAAUGAAAGGUUAGAUCCAGUUAAUCUAUUUAAUUAUCUACUUGAAUAAUAGAGAAACGCAAAUGAAUAAGAUCAGCAGGUUGUUUAACAAUAGUAAUAUUAACAAUUACUUUAGUAAUAAUAAUUGUAUUAACAAUAAUUAUGCUAACAACAACAACAAUAAUAGUAAUAAUAAUAAUAAUAGUUAUUAUAUUAAUAAUCCUAGUAGUAGUAGUAGUAACUUACUUAUCAAUAGGCUUAGUAAUCCCAAUUGUAACAAUAACCAAUAUAAUAUUUACCUUAACAGGUGGAACAAUAAAAUUAUCAAUAAUAAUUAGUUUAACAACAUUAAUUACAACAAACCCAAGUUCCUCCCUAAUACCUUCAACAAUAACAACAGUAGACAAACCAACAACAAUAAUACAAUACUCAAUAAGCACAAUACGCAUAAUAAUAAUAGCAAUAUGCUUAGACUCAAUAACCAAGACAAAACCACCAUCAAUCAAGACCAUCCUAAGAUUUCAUGAUGACUCAACCUGAUAUGAAUCAAACUAUGCAAGGAGGAGUUUCUAGAGAAAGAGUUCCCACAAAAAUUAUCAAGAAGCUAGUCUAUCCUGAUGGAAGAGUUGAAUAUCAAGAGAAAUCUCAUUCAGCUUCAAGGAUGGUUUAAUAACCCUAACAGUAGAAACAAUAACAAGUGAUUCCCUAACAAUAAUAAGCAUAAGCUAUGCCACAACAAUAAUAAAUAAUGGCAUAACAAUAAUAGAUGAUGUCUCAAUAAUAAAUGAUGUAAUAAUAGUAUGCCUAGCAACCCUAAUAUAACCCAUAGUUUUAAUAAUAAUAAUACUAGUAAUAGCCAUAGCCUCAAUAUUAAUAGAGGUAAAAUGUUCUUGGUAAUAUUGAAAACUAAAUGUAAGUUGUUACUAAUGAACAUAACAUUACUAGAUUGAAAUAAGAAAUAGAACACUCUAAAACAUUAAUUUAAUAAUAUAACUAAUAAAAACCAUAAGUUCAAGCUGAAUCGAUAGAGGAGAGAAUAAGAAAAGUUAUUGCACAAUCAUAAGCUUUAAGAGAAAACUUUGCAUGA